CUUUGUUUUCUUCUCCCCUCCCAUUUUACUCUCUCCCCCUUUUUUAAUACCACCUUUAAAAGUCUCCCUACAUUUCACAAUGGGUUUCACCGACUUCGUCUCUGAGGCUGGCCUGACCUUGGCCAACAACUACCUGGCCACCCGCAGCUACAUCGUUGGCAACGAGCCCAGCCAGGCCGAUGCUGUGACCUUCAAGGCCUUCAGCGCCGCCCCUGACGCUGCCAAGUACCCCCACGCUGCUCGCUGGUACAAGCACAUUGCCUCCUACGAGGCUGAGUUCUCCACUCUCCCUGGUGAUGCCUCCAAGGGUUACACUGCCUACGGCCCCGAGUCUGUCGAGCUCCCCGUCAACCCCAAGGACAAGCCUGAGGAUGAUGAGGAUGAGGACCUCUUCGGUUCCGACUCUGAGGAGGAGGAUGCCGCCGUUGUCGAGGAGCGCAACAAGCGUCUCGAGGAGUACAAGGCCAAGAAGGCCGCUAAGGGCCCCAAGCCCGCCGCCAAGUCUCUGGUCACCCUGGAGGUGAAGCCCUGGGACGAUGAGACCGACCUUGCUGAGAUGGAGGCCAACGUCCGCGCCAUUGAGAUGGACGGUCUCGUCUGGGGUGCCUCCAAGCUUGUUGCUGUUGGUUUCGGUAUUAAGAAGCUCCAGAUCAACCUGGUUGUCGAGGACGAGAAGGUCUCCACCGACGAGCUCCAGGCCCAGAUCGAGGAGGACGAGGACCACGUCCAGUCUACCGACAUUGCUGCCAUGCAGAAGCUGUAAAUGAUGCCUUUUUAUGAAGAAGAAAUGGCGUGAUGAUGGAAUAUUUGAUGUCUAAGGAACCCCAAUAGUAACGAAUUUAGAUUCCGAGUCCAUAAGUGGGCCGGUACGAUGAAAAAAUUAAAAUUUUCACGACCAUUUUUUUUUUUUACAAA